GUCAUCCACAGGAAGUGCGCUUGCUUUGUUUUGCCAGAUGACGACAAAAUGACAACAUGUAAAUAGCAACAAUGUAUGUAUUUGUAUAUAAAACGUGUACAAUUGUAGUCAUCUAAAUAUGUAGCCAUGCAUGAAGCUUAGCCCAAGCCUAUUAACCAAUGUCUGACCAGCGCGAGGCUGAUAAUGCACCAAGCACCCCGGGUCCGUCCGACCCAAGGCAGUGCUUUGCUGUGGGCAGAACUUUGCCCGGAAGGGUGUCCCUGAAUCCUCCGCCUCCUCCGGGACGGCUGAGCUCUCUGCGCUCCAGAGACCUUACACUGGGCGGGUUUAAAAAGAAAACAUUUGUUCCAAAUGUGCAUUCUGUACGGAAAUCUAAAGAUGAGCCAAAGGAAGAAGCUCAUGCUGCUCCAAAGAGGGAGAAGAAGGACAAAGAGGAGAAGCAGAGGGAGGGCAGGGUGAGGAGGAGGGAACGACCCCAGACAAUUCAGUCACACUCCAUAUUUGAACAGGGUCCUGCCGACACAUUUAGGAAAGCAGGGAGCUGGGACUGUGUAGAUCAGAGCGAGUGCGGGCCCUCCCCCAUUUUAAAAUCCAUCAAAAAGGAGAAACACGUUUCAGAAGAUGACACAAACGAGAUUUUACGGAAGCUCCAACGAGAUGAUUUUUUGGAUGAUCCAGGUCUGAAAAAUGAUUCAAAAAACAGACCGAUUCAACUUCCACUGUACCAGUCGAGUGAUUUUCUCACAAGUGAUGCAAGCACUCACAUCAAAGAAGAACCACCCAUCAAUUGUGUAAGUUUCACAGCACCCAAAACGCAGCCACAGAGGUGCACUCCACUUGCAAAGGGGGCUUUGAAGCCUCGACAGCCCACCGUGGCGGAACUGUUCCAGCAGCUGAGUGUAGCUGGGGAGGAAGAGCUGCUCUUCAUCCAGCUCCCAGACGCCGUCCCCGGACAGCCCGAAACACACUCCGAAAAGCUUGCGAAGAAAGACACCAAAUCCGAGGACAAGCGCACAUCUCACUUUAAAGUGCGAGAACCUGUUGGUAAAGCAAAUCCUGUCCUGUCAGAUUUCUCAGAGGGAUUUAUAGGGAAACUGCAGAUCAGAAAAUCGGGGAAAGUUCAGCUGGCUUUGGGGGACAUCACAAUGGAUGUUUCUGAAGGAGCUGCAUUUUCUUUCCUCCAGCAACUUGUGUCUGUCCGGUUAUCCGAAGGCCUCACUGGUGACAUGAGUGUACUGGGAAAUGUCAAGCACAAGCUGGUGUGCUCUCCAAACUUUGAAGCACUUCUGCAGGACGUCAAGUGUUCCCCUAGUUCACGUUCAGGGAAUUCUUAACUUUGUUAAUGUAGCACUGCAUACCAGAAUGUAAUACUUUUGUUAAUCGCGUCAUUAGUGUCGUUUUGUAUCUCAGUAAGGAGAAAUACUGUUACGUCUACACUUCACCACAUAAAGUGUGCAGUGUAAAGACUUGCCAGUUA